AUGUUCCGGCCUCCUUUGUAUCUGGUGGCUGUCCUGCUGUGGCUGACGGUGGAGACUGACUCGCUGCCAGCUCCCAGUGGUGUGGGACUGAGCUGCAGUAACGCGGGGCUUUUCAAGCUGUCGUGUCAGAACACCUUCGUCAACAACGUGUACGGCCUGCUGUUCACCGUGCUGCUGCUAGGGGGCUCCAUCGGCACAGUUCUGCUGUCCUACGGCAAGAUCACUGUGGUGUGUGUGAAGAGCCGCAGUGCGUCGCUGAACCACAAAGCCCUACAGACCGUCUCCACUCACCUCAGCGCCUACAGCCUCUUCCUCGGCUCCUCGCUCCUCAUCAUCGUUCUUCAUCGUUUCCCGCAUCUCGGUCAGGAGCGAAUGUACAUCUCCGUCGUUCACCACGUGGUGUCGGGCGCCAUCAACCCGCUGAUCUACGGCCUCAGGUCACAUGACAUCCGGCGCCAGCUCAGGACGCUGCUACGGAAGGUGCCAUGA